AUGAAGCAAAUCUUGAGCACCCCGCAGCCCGCAGAGGCCGGCCCCGACAAGGCCAAGCACGUUGUACGCGUCCAUUGCCUGGCAGGUUCCAACCUUGAGGUCGAGGUAGCGGAACGCAUCGCAGCCGGAGUUGGGCACCCGGCAUGUUUACUUGUGCUGACAUCCGGCGGUUGUGUCAUCGACCAGCGCCAGCUGCUACUACCUCAAGUCCAGCACGACGAGAUUUGGUACGUGGUGCGCAGGCUUGGCGCGGGUCGUGUCGCGAUGCUUUGGGAGCGCCUGCUCGAAGAGAAGACUCCGUCUGAUGUAGCUGCCCUGAACGAAACGAUGUCGCUCACGUGGUAUUACACCAAGACCUCAACCGGUGCAUCCAACUACCCCGCAGCCUGCAGAGUUUGA